GUCUUCGCCCCCGCCAGCCUCACCCCGGCCCUAAUCCCCUCGCGAUCCCCGAAACCCUAACCCCUCGCCGCCGCAGUCCGGCCCCUCCUCCGCCUCCGCCUAUCCCCCCUCCGAUCCAGGGCGCGACGCUGGCAAAUGGUUUUUUGAGCUGUUUUGCGAGACCUCGCAUCGGUUUUCAGGAGGUUUGAGAUGGGCUCGGACAGGGAACCCGGCGGCUCAGGGGCCGCGAAAGGGCGGAAGAGACAGCUGGUGCUGGAGUCCAGCGACUCCGAAGCGGACGAACACCCCGUCUCCACGCCGGAGAAGCCCGACGAGGCCGCCGGCAAUGCUGACGCCACCGUAACCAACUGUGAUCAGUCAGUGGAGAAAGUGGCGCCUGUUAGUUCAGAGAAGCUUCCUGGGGCUAAGACUACUGAAACAGAUGAUUCUUCAGAGAAGAACACCACCGGAGACAAGCUGAACAGUAGCAGUGCAGGUGCCAGCGUCCCCCUAGGCUGCAGGGACGAGCCAAUGGAGAAAGUGGCGCCUGUUAGUAGUUCUGACAAGCUUUCCGAUGCUAAGUCUACUGAAGGGCAGUAUGCAGACAAGAAGAAUAAGGGGGAUAGGCUCAGCGGGAGUAGCUCACAGCCUGACACCAAGAGGAGCAGAACUGAGGGUGUCCAUGUUGGUGGUGCUGGAAACGGUGGAGCUGCAUCGAAGGAUGUAACUGCUGGGAAAAUGCUCCGUCCAGGCUUUCCAAAAUGGCGGUUCGAGAAGCCAGAGGUGAGGGCUGGUCGAGUUGAUGUGGAGAUGAAGGAAACCAGUGGAUCAAAGGUCAAGGAGCAGGUUUCGAGCUUGAAUGACAAGAGGAGACAUGUGGAACCGCUGAAACAUGAGAAGCACAAGCCAUUGAAGACUGAAUCAGUUGACUCUGGCCGACAGGAACGCCGGGAGGACAUGAAGGCAAAGGUCAAGGAGCAGAACUCAACUUUGGAUGACAAGAGGAGCCUGGUAGAAGCCUCGAAACAUGAGAAACACGUGCCCUUGAAGAAUGACAAGGGUGGCUCGGUUGAGGCUGGACAGCGGGAGGUUAUAAGGGUGCAAGGGAAAAGUGGCAUUUUGAAGAUUCUGCCCAAGAAGGCUAAGGUUGAUGGGGAAACCAGUGAUAGCAAUACUCGCCCAAAGAAUGCAAAGGUGGUGGAGGCUGCGGAUGGCAAAAUUCCGACCAAGACUGGUGUUUUAAAGCUUCUUCCAAAGAACAGUAUGGCGGCUAAAGAAAACAGUGAUGGAAAGCUUCUUUCCAAGAGCAUCAAGUUGGAGAGGGAGACCACUGAUGGCAAGAUCCUGACGAAGACCGGUAAGGUGGAUAGGGAAACUGGUGAUGACAAGGUGCCUACUAAGAACAUUAAGUUGGAUGGGGAGACCAGUGAUGGCAGGAUUCUGGCAAGGAAUAAUAGGGUUGAUGGAGAGACCAUUACUGGUAAUAGACGAGAUAAGGAUGCAAGCAGUGCUCUCAAUGAGUCUCAAAAGCAUGAUGAAAAUGGUGGGAAGACAGUUACUAAAAAGCUGGUCUCCUCUGUCAAUUUGAGGAGAAGCGAUCCUAGUGUAGUGGGAGUUUCUACAACAAAACAGCAAAGUUCAAAGGCGCAUCUGAAGGUCUCCUCACAACAACGCCUGAAAGAUGAAAAAACUAAAUUAGGUGAACACAAAAAUGGGAAAAAGAGAUUGCUUGAGCAUAAAGGUUCACCAGAGAAUUUGUCCAAGAAAGCAAAAUCGAGGGUCACUGAUCUGCAAGGUACAUCUGCUUCUGCUCUCGAGAAGCAUGCCAUGAAGAAGCCAAGGGGAGGACCUCGUAAUGACCUUAAGCAGAAACUCAGGGAUCAGAUAAAGGGCAUACUCUUAAAUAACGGAUGGACAAUUGACCUAAGACCUAGGAGAGAUAAGGAUUAUGAAGAUUCUGUGUAUGUUUCUCCACAAGGUAAUGGCUACUGGUCAAUCACAAAGGCUUAUGCAGUGUAUCAAGAGCAGUCAAAAAGUUCACAGGAUGAGGAGCCUAUAUCAAAGGAUGAUCUAGCAAUGCUACAAAGGAUUGUGCGGAAAAGAAGGGGCCAAAAAGAACAUGCUGCUGAAAAGAAGUCUGGGAACAACAGAAGCAGAAAAUAUCAGAACAACGAAGAAAAGGUAAAAACUAAGAAACGGGGAUGUGGACUACUUGUCCGUGGUAGUACCCGUAACAUGCAAGGCACGGGUGACUAUAUCCCUUAUAAAUGGAAGAGGACGGUUUUAUCGUGGAUGAUAGAUCUGGGGGUUGUUUCAGAAGAUGCGAAGAUCAAAUACAUUAAUAAAAAAGGGACACAGGCAAAACUAGAUGGUAGAAUUACUAGGGAUGGUAUUUACUGUGGAUGCUGUUCCAAGAUUCUCACAGCUGCAAAGUUUGAACUUCAUGCUGGUUCAAAAGAGCAACAGCCUUAUGCAAACAUAUUCCUAGAAGAUGGUGGGGUUCCAUUGUUGCAAUGCUUACUUGAUGCAUGGGAUAAGCAGGCACAACAUGAAAAGAAGGGAUUUUACAAGAUAGAUCCUGCUGAUGAUCCUGAUGAUGACACUUGUGGUAUUUGUGGUGAUGGUGGUGACUUGCUCUGCUGUGAUCAUUGUACUUCAACUUUUCAUGUGGCUUGUUUAGGAAUUGAGAUGCCUUCUGAAGAUUGGUAUUGUCGUAGCUGUAUAUGCAAGUUCUGUGGCUCUGCUGAAGAAAUGACACCAUCUCUUGCUGAGUUGCUUUCUUGCUUGCAAUGUUCAAGAAAAUAUCACCAGGUUUGCGCACCAGGAACUGAGAGGGACUCUGUUUGUACCACGUCUGGUGCCUCGACCAAUUGCUUUUGCAGCCCAGGAUGUAAAAAGAUUUAUAAACGACUAAAAAAGCUUGUUGGGCUCAAGAAUGACAUGGAGGCUGGAUUUUCCUGGAGUCUGGUUCGCUGUUUUGCUGACAGUGAGGCUGCACCCCUGAAAAAGAAAGCGGAAUUGGCGCAUUGCAACUCAAAGACAGCUGUUGCUUUCUCAGUUAUGGAUGAGUGUUUUCUGCCACGUAUUGAUGAAAGAAGUGGGAUUAAUAUAGUUCACAACGUCGUAUAUAACUGUGGGUCGGAUUUCAGCCGUUUAAAUUUUAGUGGCUUCCAUACGUUUAUUCUGGAGCGUGGGGAUGAAGUUAUAUCUGCGGCAACUAUCAGGAUUCAUGGUACCGAGUUAGCAGAAAUGCCAUUCAUAGGCACGAGAGGCAUGUAUCGGCGCAAAGGGAUGUGCCAUCGUCUACUAAAUGCAAUCGAAUCGACCCUUUGCUCUCUCAAUGUUCGAAGACUAGUAAUACCUGCCAUACCAGAAUUACAGAAUACCUGGUCUACAAUUUUUGGUUUUAAGCCCGUUGGACCUCUGAAGAAACAAAAAUUGAAGUCUUUUAAUCUGUUGAUUAUCCAUGGUACUGGUUUACUGGAGAAGCGCUUGCUGCUAACAGGUCAAGUGAAUCAACCAACCACUGCUGGGACAGUUAAUGCUGUUGAGUGUGAUAAGAUAUCUGCUCAAAUGCUCGGCGAAGCAAGUGGACCUCUUACACCUGUUCAUGCUUCUCGAGAAUGUGCUGUGGGUGAUAAUAGUGGAGCUAAGGACAAUGAUACUUCUCGUGCUUUAACUGAGUGCUCUUCAGGCUUGGCAUCCAAGCUUCCUCCUGUCUCUGAAGAAAAACCUCAAGAAAGGACUUCUCCAGUUAAUAUAGCUGAUGUUAAUUUGCGUACAAGUGAAGAUGACAUGCCUUGCAAGCCCGAAGCUGACAGUAAGGAAGAAGUGAAAUAUGCAGAAACAGAUGUGUCAUUGGUUGCUGAUAACAUUGUUACCGGUGAGAUGCCUGAAGAUAAAUCUAACUCCACUUAUGCAGAUUCAUCUGCUAUUCCAGUGAAAAUGGAUACAGGUCCAUGUUCAUCUAAUGAGCUUGGAAAUGGUGAAAAAUGCCCACCUAGUGAAAUUUCUGUUGAUGCUGGUCUCUUAGAAGACAAAACUGAAUCUAAUCUCAACUCCAAUUCCAUCUCUGCCCGCUCUGAUACUCAAGAAGAUAUGAAGUCUUGUGUAGCUCCUUUAGUCACAAGGGAUCGUAAGCCUGAUGAUAACCAUGAGUUGAAAAGUAUCGUUGCUGAUGGUGAUACUCAAAGUUCACUAGAAGUUAAAGGUUCGGAAGUUAUUGUAAAUGAGCAAUCAAGAGAUGCCUAUACAACUAAAGAUCAAUCAUAUGUCGGUGGUGUAACUAGCAAUGCUGUUGCUACUAAAGAACACAGUCGUUCUGCAGUUGAUAUCGUAGUAUCAACAGAGAGAUCAUUGGAUGAAACAAAGUCUAUUGGAGGUGAUAACAGUGAAGUGAAGGUUGCAACCAUUGAAGUGCAUGCCAUAGCUGCGACCUCUAAUGAAGCAGGAAUAACAGUUUCAGCACUUGAAAGAUCAAAUGACAUAUAUGGUGAAGAUACCGCAAAGCCUACUCUAAGUUGUGGGGAGGGCCAACUUCAUGGAGAGGAGGGCGUAUACAAGAAUAGCUUGGAAGAUGGCCUAGCUUCUAGAGACCCUGUUAAUGCAUGAGCUUUAUAUUUUGUGCUACAAAAUGCUGAAGGUAGGAUCAUGCCACAUUUCUGGAAGGUUUUGGAUUGUGGGAGUUGUUUCAUUAGGAUAGUCAAUCAAGUUGCUGGUUCCGAAGACUAGACAUCAACUUUGUGUGAUGUUAAUUCUGACUACUGUAGACGACUGUUUCUUGAAAGAAUUGUUGGACAUAUCCUUAGGCUGGGAUGAAUGAACUGUUUU